GACAUAUAAAAUGUAUAUAAUGACAGAAUUCUUACCCCAAUUGACAAUAAAUUUAGGUAAAAAUUCGAUUUCCAUGGGGACUCACUCCGUAGUAAACUUUUCAUCCUUGCAUUGCAUGAUUAGCUCCGAUAACGCUUAGAUUGUUGACUCUUGUCUUGUCCCCGGUAUCUUUUUUUAUCCUUUGAUAUCACCUAUAUAUAUUUUCAGUACGACUCAUUGCUGCUGGGAGUCAGAUAUAUUCUUCAUCACAACGUUCUUCCCCCCCACCUCACUCAUACAACUCACAAUGGCUCUUCGAUUGUCUGCGAAAAGAGUGACAGCUGCUCUGAAAGCUGGAAAGGUAUCACCCGCAAUCAAUGGCUAUAUGAAGAGAAAUGCCUCACAAGCAACGGCCUCUGCUACAAACGUAAGGGACGAAUCUAAGCACAAUAUUCAUAGCCAGACCAAUAUAUCGCAUCCAGAUCCUUCACCAAAUUCUCAAACAGCACAACUCAUCGCAGAACAAGCUCCAUAUAUGGUUGCCACAUACGUCCGACCACCACCAAUGUUUGUGAAAGGAUCCGGAUGUUAUCUUUGGGAUGUGGAAAACAGGAAAUAUUUGGAUUUCACGGCGGGUAUAGCAGUCAAUGCUCUAGGACACUGCGAUCCAGAAAUCGCGAAGAUAAUGUUGGAACAGGGAACAACUCUUAUGCAUACCUCCAACUUAUAUCAUAACCCAUGGACCGGGGCCCUCUCCAAGCUUCUCAUUGAGAAGACUCUCGAAUCGAAUUCAAUGCACGAUGCCCAAGCUGUCUUCAUUUGCAACUCUGGCAGUGAAGCUAAUGAAGCCGCCAUAAAGUUUGCUAGAAAGACUGGAAAGGUUGUUGAUCCAUCUGGAGCCAAACAUGAAGUCGUUUCAUUCCAAAACUCUUUCCAUGGUCGAACUAUGGGGUCAUUAUCUGCCACCCCAAACCCCAAAUAUCAAAAGCCAUUUUCUCCAAUGCUACCCGGAUUCAAAUAUGGAACAUACAAUGAUGUGGAUGCUAUCAAGGAAUUGGUUACGGAGAAGACUUGUGGUGUUAUAGUAGAGCCAAUUCAAGGAGAGGGUGGUGUCAUUGUAGCGACCGAAGAAUUCCUUACUGCACUCGCAGCUCGCUGUCGUGAGGUUGGUGCAGUCCUCAUUUAUGAUGAAAUUCAAUGUGGACUUUCACGAACCGGAACUUUCUGGGCCCAUGCAUCAUUGCCAAAAUCAGCCCAUCCAGAUAUCAUUACUACCGCCAAAGCACUGGGAAAUGGUUUUCCAAUUGGAGCAACAGUUGUCAACAAGAAUGUAACAGAGAAGAUCAAGGUUGGUGAUCACGGAACUACAUUCGGUGGAAAUCCAUUGGGAUCCAGGAUAGCCCAUUACAUUGUUUCUCGAUUAUCCGAUGCAUCUUUACAAAAAGAUGUUCUCAAGAAGUCAGAAAUAUUUAAGAAGCAUUUCCAAGCCUUACAAUCCAAGUACCCAGAACUUGUCAAAGAAAUCAGGGGCAAAGGAUUACACUUGGGAUUACAACUUAGCCAAGACCCUACCCCUAUUGUCACAGCUGCUAGAGAGAGAGGUUUAUUGAUUAUCACUGCUGGAACCAAUACUUUGAGAUUUGUACCAAGCUUGAACAUCACCGAGCAAGAAAUCGAGGAGGGGUUCGGCAUUUUGGCUGAAGCAAUGAGAAUCGUUGCUUCUCCAGCAGAGGAGCCGCAAGGAGCUCAGGUUCAUGGUGAAGUAGAUUCGCCAAAUUAAUGAUGUGUUGAGAGUUUAUGGUACCCAAGUGGAUUUCUUGCAUACAGCAUAGAACGGCGUUAGUGGCGUUGAGCGUAUACAAAAUGGGUUGGAAUGUUUGAUAUGUACCUACCAAUAGCAUAUUCUCGCAAUGUAAUUAUUUUUAUUAAAUGCA